UGAGCCUCCCGACGCGUGGGGACACAACUCCGGAACGGACCAAGAUGGCGGCUCCCAGUGAGGGGCAGCUGUUUGCCGCGGGUAUUGAAAAGACUUGGGGUGCAGUCGUUCGUUCCCCUGAAGGGACACCCCAGAAAGUUCGGCAGCUGAUCGAUGAGGGAAUUGUACCGGAAGAGGGAAGCAGGGACGCAAAGGACACCUGGACCACAUCCCAGUCAGCCAGUGGGUCACCUCAAGCAGAACAGCAGCCUCCAUUGGAAUCUACAAGCAAAGAAGCCUUUUUUCACAGAGUGGAAACGUUCUCUUCUUUGAAAUGGGCAGGGAAGCCCCCAGAGCUGUCUCCACUUAUCUGCGCAAAGUACGGUUGGGUCACUGUGGAAUGUGACAUGCUCAAGUGCUCCAGCUGCCAAGCUUUCCUCUGUGCCAGCUUACAGCCCGCGUUUGACUUUGGCAGAUAUAUGGAGCGGUGUGCGGAGCUCAAGAAGUCCUUGUGCAGCGGCCAUGAGAAGUUCUGUUUCUGGCCAGACAGCCCCUCUCCAGAUAGAUUUGGGAUGCUGCCACUGGGUGAGCCUGCUGUUCUUGUCAGUGAGUUCCUGGACCGGUUUCAAAGCCUUUGUCACUUGGACCUCCAGCUUCCUUCCCUGAGGUCAGAGGACUUGAAAACAAUGUGCCUGACGGAAGACAAGAUCAGUGCUCUGCUGCACCUGCUGGAAGACCAGCUUGACUGCCAAACUGAGGACAGGAAAACGACAAGCAAAUCAGGCUCAGACAUCCAAGUCUACGUCACUGCCUGCAUUCUCUCUCUGUGUGGCUGGGCAUGCAGUCCUUUGGAACCUACACAGCUCUCCUUGAUAACAUGUUCCCAGUGUAUGAGGAAGGUCGGUCUCUGGGGCUUUCAGCAGAUUGAAUCGUCCAUGACAGAUCUGGAGGCUUCCUUUGGUCUGACCAGUUCCCCCGUUCCUGGUGUGGAGGGUCGGCCUGAGCACUCCCCUCUGGUACCUGAAUCUCCUAGGAGGAUGAUGACCCGAAGCCAAGAUGCUACAGUUUCUCCAGGUUCCGAGCAGCCUGAAAAAAGUCCAGGUCCCGUUGUGUCCCGCACUCGCAGCUGGGACUCUCCCGGCCCUGUGGAGCGGCCUGAGCUGGAGGCAGCCAGCCCCACCACCAGGAGCCGCCCCGUGACCCGCAGCAUGGGAACCGGAGAUUCUGCCAGCUUGGAAGUCCCCUCCAGCCCUCUGCGGAGAGCCAAGCGAGCUCGCCUUUGCUCUUCCAGCAGCUCAGACACCUCUCCCCGAUGCUUCUUUGACCCUACCUCUCAGCACAGAGAUUGGUGCCCUUGGGUGAAUAUCACACUUGUCAAAGAAGCCACGGAGAACGGAAAGACGGAAGUGGAUGCCGCCGCCCCAGCAGAGCCAGGCUGGAAGGCUGUGUUGACCGUCCUGUUGGCCCAGAAUCAUUCAAAGCAGCCAGCUGAGACGGACUCCAUGAGUCUCUCUGAAAAAUCAAGGAAAGUGUUCCGAAUAUUCCGGCAGUGGGAGUCUCUGUGCCUGUCCUGAACACGUUCCAGACAGAAGCCUUGAGGAUGACUUCUUAAGAAAUAGGUCUG